AUGCCCUCUCUCCUUCAGGCAAGUCACUCGCCUGUGUUUCUCUCUUCCUUCGAGAGCCGUCCCAAGACAGCGUCGCAGUCGCGGGUCGCCCUGCGCCGCGUGGUACCCUCGCGUCGGUGGCAGAACGAGUUCCAGAACAACGCGCGGAACGGCUGGCCGACCAAGCUGAAAGGGGGGACUCAACUCUCCCCAAUGCUCGCCAGCUCUCGCCAACUCUCGCAUUCGGUGCUUCACCAGCGUCCGGCGAGCCAAGACCACGCCAAGACAGUGAAACUCCGCUGUGAGGAGACAUCUGGGUGA